AUGACGGAACCUAUCAGGACGCUGACGGUUCCCCAUCUGGGAGGCAUUGAGGUAGGCUUCCGUAUGUCUUCGGAGGUCAACCGCGAUAAGCCUACGCUGGUCAUGUUCAACCCAUUCACCACAACGGCCGACUACUACCUGCCGGAAUUCAAGAGCAAGAAACUGACCGAGUCGCUCAAUCUUCUUGCAAUUGAACCCCUCGGCCACGGAAAAACUACUGCUCUCAAGACAGAAAACUUCACCUACUGGGACUCUGCUAUUAUGAGUCUUCAACUCCUCGAGGCCCUCGAGAUCGACCGCUUCUUUGCUUUAGGGACAUCGCAAGGAGGUUGGAUUGCCGCGCGUAUGACACUUCUGGCACCAGAUAAGGUUAAUAUCUUCCACCGGAAAUCGACAUUACUGGCUGUUAACUUCUCUCCGCAGGCAAAAGGGAUGAUCAUACUAGGGACAUCAAUGGACUCGGAAUCACCGAAGAGCCGCGAGCUUGGGUGUUGGAAUGGUGCAGAGGCAUGUUCUGGGCUCACUACUCUUGCGGAAAAUCUCCAGCCAGUCGAUGAUUUCGAACCUGGGCAAGAUUACUGCGACUUCCUGAUGGAAGUUGGAUUUGGGAAGGCAAUCGACGAGGAAACCAGAGACUUUUGGUCUCGGAAGAUCAAGGCGACCUAUCGUGGAAAUGAAGGGAAAAAGAAGAUCUGCAUGGCCGCUGUCAAUCUUGCCGGAAGAGAUGGUCUUCAUGAACGCCUGCCGUAUAUUACGUGCCCCGUUCUCUGGAUGCAGGGCUCCAGUGAUGUCGUCUACAGCGUCGCCCAAGCGCAGGAGGAUAUCAAACGGUUUAAAAACUCUACUAGUACCAAGCUAGUCGUCUGCGAGGGAGGGGUUCAUUUCUUGGGAAGAACACACGGACAGGAACUUCAAGAGCAGCUUUUGGAAUUUAUAAAACUUUGA